CGCCGACCCGGAGCAGGAAGCAGAGGAUGGCGUCCCUUGACCCCAGCGCGGCACUGAAGAGCGAACGGGGAAUGAUGGAGAUGGGAUGAGAGAAGUGUCCUGCACUGCAAAUGGCCUCCUGUUCGACAUUCGUUGCUUGCUAGUCUGGAGUCAGCUUUGGUGGAUGAGGAAGGUUGGUGAUUCUAAGAUGUUUGAGAGACUCAAACAAUCUGAUGAAGCUUCUGCUUCUUCAGCACAAGGAAUCCAAAGACAUGGUGUUGAGGGCUCUCCACGACAGGACAGCAGUAGCAGUUUACACAGAAGAGGACAAGAACAUCCUCAGCCUGGAACAUCCGCUGUGCAAAAUAGACAGGGAUACUGCAACUGUUGCCAUGUACACUACAGUAAUCUGGAACAGCAUAUAUUCAGCUCCCAGCACAGACAUUUUACAACAUACUGUAGGAAUCGUAUGGGUACCAGUAGCUUGAUGGAACGUUUCCUGCAAGAUGUUUUACAGCAUCAUCCCCACAGAUACCAUGACAGCAGACCAACCUAUGAUGACAUGCCACUACCUGUCACUCUGGAGGCUCCUAGGAUUUCUUCCAUGUCCUCGGAAGAGAUGCAGAAAAAGAGGAAUAGUGAGAAACAGGAGAUUUCCAGAAAAGACCAGGAGUCCAUUAGUGAAAUAGGCUCUUCUGUUCCAUGCCUGUCUCAUGAGGGCACAAAGAAAACUUUUGUUACACAAGAAGGUUUUCAAAAACUUCAAAGAGGCCAGGAACGUGUUCCAGGAAUAUCCCAGCAGUCUGUUGGCAUUUGUAGUGAUAAGAAAUGGGUAACUCUGAAAAAUGUUCGAAUUGCAAAUCGUAGCCAUGAAGGUCAGUUUACAACUGUGAGCCCUGUACCUCAACAGUUUUCUCUCAGUCCUACAAGCCACAGUUCCUCUUUUAAUCCUAAAACAGGAAAAAAUGUUAGGGAUUUGGCAGCAUCAAAUCUGCUUCUGCGUAGCAGGUGUGAUGAAAGAGCAAUGGAGGUGUGCAAUAGUGAUUUGUUAUUGAACCCACGCCUGAAUCCUGCUCCAACACGGGUUCACCCAAAACGCCCUUUAGUUCCUCAUCAGAAUCCUACACACAGCCACAGCAAUUCUUCCUUUAUUACCUCAGGUCAAUCUCUCUCAAAGCGAGAUAGUUUACGAACUCAGGAUGAAACUUUGGUGUCUGAUCUCCAUCUCAGGGAUACUGUGGGUAUCAGCAGCUCCCUAGAUCUUGGGAUAUCCCCACAACUAGCAAGAUGCAAAAACAUGAAGACAAACAGAGGUGAUGAAAGUUCAGUGGAUGAAACUAUUGAAGAUGUAAUUUUGAAAUACUGCCAUGAAACUACACCUGAAGAAAUUGAUUUCAAAGAAGAUAAUAAUCCCAGUGUACCUUUUUCAUCACUUCUUGACCAUACUAAUUUAGAGGGCUCUGAAAUGAGUUUUGACUGUGAUGCACCAAUACAGGUAGGAACAGAUUUACCCAAGGCAGCUAUAAAAGAGAUAGAAUUCCUGAAAGAAGUCCAAGUAUGUUUGCGAGAUAAAACCUAUGGAACACAGCUUUCUUCUGUUUUAAAAACUGAAUCGUUAGAGAAAAUAGAAGCAGUGAAAAAAGAAGAACCAGUUCUUCCAGCCCUGCCUCAUGUGCCUCCUUCUUUUGUGGGAAAAACUUGGUCUCAGAUAAUGUACGAAGAUGAUAUAAAAAUUGAAGAACUUGUGCGUGAUUUCAGGGAAGGUCGUUUUCGCUGCUACUUUAACAGUGAAUCCUCAGCCAACUGUGCAGGGAAGAGAAUGAAGAAAAAAAAGCAGAAGGAUGAACAAAGGAUCAAUAUUGUUGAGGGUAAUAGAACAGAAAGUGCACCAGUUAAAACAUUGCCAGAAUUUAAUGAUCCUUUAAGUGGUGGCUCUGAUUUUGAUAACCCGUCUUUAGCCUCAGAUACACUAUGCAACCCACAAAUUGUGAAAAUGCCUAGGAAAAGGACAUGGCGCCUGGCUUCAAGGUGUCAGGUGGUUAAAGUUAGCCAUGGCACCCAAACAAGUCUGCUGAACUACCCUGUAGCAAAAAGGAAAACGUCUAGAAGACAAUCUGAUCCAGCUGAUCAGAAGGCAAGCAUUGCAUGGCUGGAGAAUGAAAAAACUCCAAAUGUGAAAACUAGACUAUGUGCCCUUAAACUUCCAGAGUCCUACAGCAAGAUCAUGAGUCCUGUGCAGCCCAAGACAGUGGUGUAUGUACUCUCAUGCCCAGAGGUAAAACAGUGCAAAGGUAAACCUAUAGAUAUUGCCAAAAUGAGGAAAAGUCAUCACUCCACAGAUAGCAAGUACUCUGUAAGGUAUAAGUACAAACAGUGUUCUCUCAAAUAUUAUGACCCACUGACAAAUAGAAUUCUGAAAACACCUCCCAAGAGUACAGUUGGAGAAAAGGCCAAAAAACCCUCUCAUGUUCGACAGCUUUUCAGAAGUCUCAGCUUAGAUGCAAACAUGAAGAAACUAGCUGAUACACAGAGAGAAAGCAUGCAAUCAAAGUCUCUCGAUUGGUCAGACUUCUGUAGUUCUUCUCCAGCAUCUUUCCUGCCAGAUCAAGAUAAAGGGAAUGAUGCAGCCUCAAGUCAAAAGGCAGAUGGACCUUCUGUUUGCACGGAAAGAACAGAUUGUCUUGUUUCGGAGAACUCUUUUAAACACCUAAUCAUUUCACCUUUGAACUCUGUGAUAGAAGGAGACUACAGAUUAAUUCCAUUUAAUAAAAUCACCAAAACUCCUCUGACCUCCAUCAGGAGUGAGUGGUUAGAGAGGGAGACUCCAAAACCAAUGUGGACAAGAAAAGAAGGCACUAAUAAAGAACCAGUUUUUUCCAGAAAGGCUGCAGGAUCUAAGUCUGUCAGAUGCACUAUUGGGAGGAGAGGAAACAGAGUAACCACAGGCAAACAAACAUCCAGAACUAAAAAACAGCAGAAAGAGGGGAUGAAAAGACAACUUCAGCCUUGUGCCCAGAAGUCUGAUUUCUCCAUCCAUAGGUACCAGACAAGGAGAACUACAGUGGGAAAGCACCCUAAGAAAGAAAAGCCUGAUGCUAAAAAAUUAAAGGUGAGGAGGAAACCAAAAAGGGCCUUUCUUAACUCAGCGGUUGUAACAGGGAUUCCUGAAAAAAGGCAGAAAGUCACAUCAGAAUCUUUUCCCAAGAAACCAGAGCAAGCUUCCUCCAAAGUCAGGAACUGGAAAGUAAGUGGAGAUUGGGGUCAUCCUGACACUGCAAGCCGACCCUCUGGAAGAACUUCUGCUGUACCAUUACUUCGAAACUGUCUUGUUCUACCAGAAAACACAAGAAAAUCAUGGAAAAGAAUGGACUCUGCUGUGUCUGGCAUUGAAAAUAUCUGUGCGUUUUCCCCUCAGAAAACAAAACCAUUCUUGAUUCUUCAUUCACUUCUUUCUGGAGUGUCAAGGGUCACAGAUUUGGACUGAGAUAAAGGUGGACUUGGAAAUGGUUUUUUUUAAUAUACAGUAUCUGAAGGAAAUAUAAAAGCUGUCUUCAUAAACCACAUGUUCAGAGAAUGUUUUGGGAAUCUUUUUUAUGUAUGUGCAUGUUUCCCAAGAUAAAUAAAAGAUGGGCAUAUGUCAGCUGCAGAGUUCCUUUAUAAGUCAAAUAUGGUCUGACAGAUUUUUUGUUUGGUUUUAAUUUAUUUUAUUUUUUUAUAUGAAAGUUGAUUUCUAUGGAUGAAUUUUCUUCUGGUUGUCAGUAGACACAGAAUCUUAUGACUGUAUUGCAAGUCACUGGAAAAUGAAGGGCUAUAAUAUAAAUUCUUAUAGCCCUCAGCUAAUUGUGCCUGUAUAAUUUAAUAUUUUGUCUAAUAUAAAACUGAUGUUUUUAAAGCAAAGUUUUAAAGGAAUGGUUUUUAUAGAAAGGCUAAUUUUUAGAUAAGCAAAAGAAGAUUUUUAAAUAAAAUUUGUUUUAAAGCAAAGCUUUAACUAUAGAGAAGUCCCAUUCUAACAUAUUUUUAUGAUACAGGAAUGUUUUCCUAUCUAACUUCACCCAUCUUGUUUUUCACAGUAUUUCACAUGUGAAGAGCAUGAAUUAUUUUGUGUGUAAAUUUUAAUGCACAUUGUACUUUAAGAACACUAGUGUGUAUUUGUUUAUAGUCAAAAUACUGUUCUCCAUACUCACUCAUUGUACAUUUGUCUUACUCCAGUGCACAACUUUUCCUUGAAAUCUUGAGUAAUAAAAAUGUGUUGAGGACUGUAAAAUGUCUAAUAUUUGUAGACUUUAAUGUGGGUUUUUUUUCAGUUUUGAUAAUAGACUCUCUUAUCAGGGUGGGUUUUUUAGAAGGAAAUUGUUAUAUUUAAAUAAAAGUGUAAGUAGCUAUAUAUUUUCCUUUAAAAAAAAAGAAAAAUGAAAAAAAAAAAGUAUAAGAAUUUAUUAGAAGAGUAAGACUUGAGGUACAAGUCUGGAAACAUUUCUGUGGUUGACAUUGUCAAAAUGAGUUUUACUGUAGGCUUGGAUGUUAAUCUGAGCCUCGCUUCUGAGUGUUCAGAAACCUCUUCUGUGCAUGCUCAAUGACCACUAGGAAAAAGAGGAAGGACUGUGAUGUGAGAAGUAAAUGCUGAAACUGCUUUGGAAAGAGAAUUAAGAACAUAUUUGCAAAUACUGCAAAGAUAUUCAAUAUAAUGUGAAAGAAGAAGAAAAUUCUUGAGAAAUAGGCAAGCACUUUCCUGUUAGAUAAGUAAUACAGUUUCUGCCCUUUGUUUCAUUAGCAGCGUGGCCGAUACUUCAAAACAUGAUUGAGAAGUCUGCACAAAUGGCAAACUUGAGAACUGAAAUACUUUCUCUCCGAAAUUGGUGGGUUGGUUGUUUUUGGGUGGUACUUCUUGUUUCUAUUUUUGUUUGUGUUUCUUUUUUCCAUUGGUGUUUUUUUGUGAGAGAGAACUGGUUCUUUUAAUAUGAGUGGACAAAGAUGUUUUCUCAGUAUAUUUGCGUGUCUUAAUAUUGAGAAGCAAGAAAAGAGCUAGAGAGGAAUAAAGUCAUACUUUCUGAAUUAAAUUGGCAGCAGUUAGAACCAGUAUCUUCUUUAAUAGUUUUCUUCAAUAUAUACACAGUUUUGAUCUGUAAGUUCGUCGUUUUUAUUAUACAUUUCAUAAUUUUUAAAAAAGUCUCUCACUUCAUAAAGUACUCAUUCAACCUUUCAAAACAAUCUUAUUCUAAGCAGGUAGAUUUUUAUUAUUCACUAGUGUUGUGAACCAUGAGUGUGACCCAGUCAUGUGCCAGGAGCUAACCAAACAUAAAAUAGCACUCCCCCAAAACUUUAGAUACCUGACACUUGCACCUUGCAGCUCUUCAGUUAAUUUUCUGAUGGGCUUUUUUGCUCUCUUGUUAUUUCUGAAGGUUUGUAUCCAAUGCUUUUGUAAUUGUUUAAUGAAAGUACCCCUCUCUGGGACUCAGAUAAAUGAGAUAUUUCUGUUUAUAAUGAACCUAUGGCUUCAUCUGAAGUUGUGUUUAAGUUUCAUGCUAAAUUUGUGCCCAAAUGAGACUGUGUUUUGUGGUUUUUAUGUUCUCGUUAUUGAUAACAUAUUUUGCAAUAAUUUUGCUUGAUAUUGUAAUUUUUAUCUGCUUCUCUGUCUCUUCUGUCUAUGCUCAUUUGACACAAUGUGGUUUUGUAAGGAUGCAGUGAUACUAUAGACUCAUCCAGUGUUGUUGCUGGAUGUUCUUCCUCUGUAUCUUCUGCUCAUUUUAUUUCAGAUUUGUAGUUUCUAUUGGUUUUUCUCAGUCAUGUGUUUCUUUUUUUAUCUUGUAAAGAGCUAAAUUUCAGGGCAGUAUGUUCUGUUUGGAAGUAAAUCGGUGACAGAAGAGAAUGUCGUCCCAGUGUGAAGUGCAGAGGGCAGGUUGGCACAGGUGUUCCUGUGCUUGGGUGUCUGCUUUACUUCACUGAAGAGUGUGAAACAGGAGUGGGAUGAUGAUUCCUUUGGUGGUCUUUUUUUUUUUCCCCUUAGGGUCACUCUGCCUGAAAACAAAGUAAUCUGAAUUCAUACUGGAAAUAAAGGUUUUUCAGCUAUUGGUGUUUUGGGGACAGAUAGGAAAAGUAAAAUGUAUCUCUCUCACUAAUGUAACUAAAAUCACUGAAUUUUUGCAUUUAAUGUUCUAUUUGCUGAAUUACAGCAUUCCUGAUAAUAUUUUUCAGAACAAAAAUUGUAAUAGUGUAGUCCUGAGCAUGUCCAGAAGCAAAGGUUUUGUUCCUUGUUUGUUUUGCAGUUAUAAACUCAUUCAUUCCUUCAGCAGAACAAAUCUUGUUUUAAUAAAAUAAAGACUGAAUAUAUGCU